UCUAUAACCCAUAGCCAACCCAAUCAAUUUCCAACUCUUUUGUGCCGGAAAACCCUUUGGUUAAACCCUCGCCGGCACAACCACAGCGAACCCAAACUAACCGCCUUCGUUCCACUAUGGCUAACCCCGCCGGAGGUAUCCAAACGUUCGAAGAUUUCGUGAAGGUUCACGGCCUUCUGCUGGCAGCUGCCGGUAUACCUAAUUCACUCUACCGGAAACUCUUUGAAAAACUGUGUACUGAAACAUUCGACGGCGGAAACUACUUCCAGGUGGAGCCCGUUGAGGAUGGCCGUCAACGGCGUCUCGUUUUUACGGCUUCUGAUUCCAUGGGACAGGAAUCCAACAUCUUUUUAGUUGAUCAUGCUUUCUCAUUUCGCCUUUCAGAUGCCCCAAAACAGCUGCAAGAAGUUCCAGGGUUGGUAGAAAGAAUGGCUUCAUUGAUGUGUGUAGAUAUUGAUUUGAAUUCAGAUGUUGAAGACGCAGAUAACGACGGAUGUGAAUCAAACAAUAACAAAUUGGGUGUAAUGGAAAUCGUGGAGAGAGAAGUACAAAAGGUUAAAAAGGAGGGCCCUGAGGCAGUCGUGUGGUUGGAACUCGAAGAUCUCGACAUUGACGAUGAUCUUUUUCUAUCACUUGAUUUGCCUAAUAAAUUUCCUGGCUUAAUUGCGCUUAGUCUGUGCGACAACAAGCUCAAGUCUCCCGAGACUAUAAUUAACGAAAUCGUGAAGUUUAAGCACCUUAAAGCUCUCUGGCUAAACAAUAACCCGAUUCUACAGAACUUUGAUGAUUCUGUUGCAGAAGCUGUUAUUCAUAAUUGCCCGAGUCUUGAAAUUUUGAACUCGUCUUUUACGCGUAACUAUACGGGCUGGGCCUUGGGUUUUUGUGGAGGAAUUUAUGACGAAGAAAAUCCAGGCUGCGGAGUUGACGCUGACCGGUCUUUGCAGGGUUUGACCUCUCUCGACCUUUCAAAUAGGCGUAUUCACAGCUUACAAAACAAGGCAUUUUCACCUGAAGCUAUGCCAUCUCUUUCCUAUUUAAAUCUUCGAGGCAAUCCGCUAAACGAUCAUUCUGUUUUCGAUUUACGGGAACUUCUAAAAGUUUUUACCAGCUUAAAUGCACUGGAGGUGGAUAUUCCCGGUCCUCUUGGAGACAAUGCGGUCGAGAUUGCUGAAUCUCUUCCUAGUCUUUCUUUAUUAAACGGUGUAAAUACUACAAAAAUUCUAGAAUCUAGAAAGGGUGUGGUUGAUUCAGUGCUUCCUCCCCGUCUUCCUGAAUGGACUGGCGAUGAACCGUUACUUGAUCGUGUGUUGAAUGCGAUGUGGUUAUACUUAAUGUCGUAUAGAUUAGCAGAUGAAGAGAAGAUUGACGAGACAUCUAUAUGGUAUGUGAUGGAUGAAUUGGGUUCGGCACUGAGGCACAGCGAUGAGCCAAAUUUCAGAGUAUCACCAUUUCUGUACAUGCCUGAAGGAACACUUGAAUCAGCUGUGAGCUUUACAAUUCUCUGGCCUACCAAAAAUGUCUGUUAUGGUGACGAGUGUACUCGUGAUUAUUUAUUUGGCAUCGGAGAGGAGAAACAACGUUCUGCCAGACUUACUGCUUGGUUUCACACCCCACACCAAUACUUCAUAAGAGAAUAUGAAAAACAUUGGCAGAAUUUGAGGUCAACAAGUUCUUCCUUAGUUAACAAGGCAUCUACUACUUGUAGUCUAGUACGUAGUGAUGGACGCCCACUGCAAGUUUAUACAGAUAUUCCAUCAGUUGAGGAGUUUUUGACCCACCCCGGAUUUGUAAUUACAAAGGACCCGAAGAAAGCAGAUAUAGUUUGGACAAGUAUGCAGGUGGAUGAGGAAACACGUAAGGUUAUAGGGUUAAAUGAUCAACAAUACAUAAAUCAGUUUCCGUUUGAAGCUUGUCUUGUCAUGAAACACCAUUUGGCAGAAACAGUUCAAAAGGCUUAUGGAUCUCCAGAAUUGUUUCAGCCCACUUAUAAUCUUGAAACGCAACUUACUCAGUUUAUUGGGGACUAUUAUGUACGUGAGAAUGAUAAAACCGACAAUUUAUGGAUUUUGAAGCCUUGGAAUAUGGCUAGAACCAUAGAUACAACGGUUACCGGAAAUUUAUCCGCAAUCAUACGUCUCAUGGAAACCGGCCCAAAAAUAUGUCAAAAGUAUAUUGAGCAGCCAGCUUUAUUCAAGGGGAGGAAAUUUGAUAUUCGGUAUAUUGUUCUUGUUCGCAGUAUUAGCCCUUUGGAGUUAUUCAUCACCGAUAUUUUUUGGGUUAGGCUAGCGAACAAUACAUACACUUUGGAUAAGAAGAGUUUGUACGAGUAUGAGACACACUUCACUGUAAUGAACUACAGGGGAACGUUGAAUCACAUGAACACACCAGAGUUUGUUAAGGAGUUUGAGCAGGAACAUCAAGUUAAAUGGGUGGAGAUCCAUUCAAGAGUUAAACAGAUGAUCCGGAAAGUUUUUGAGUCGGCAGCGUUAGUUCAUCCAGAAAUGCAUAGUCCAACCGCUAGGGCUAUGUAUGGCGUCGAUGUCAUGCUUGAUAGUUCCUUUAAACCCAAGUUACUGGAGGUUACUUAUUGCCCUGAUUGCACUAGAGCUUGUAAAUAUGAUAUGGAAGCUGUUAUGGGUGGAGGAGAAACCGUCAAAGCUCGAGAUUUCUAUAACUAUGUUUUCGAUUGCUUGUUUCUGAAUGAAACAGCCCAUGUAUCUCCAUUGUGAAAUGAACCAAUAAUUAUCUGGACAUUUCAUGCUUGUAUUUGUAUCACGAAAAAAUAUUUUUUGUUUUUUCGGAACGAGGACAAAAGCAUGAUGUGCUUGCAUUUUUUAUACCAUUUUACAGAGUUGUUCUUGUGGUAUAUUUGGUAUGAUAUGUGAUGAUUAUGCGACCUUGAUGCUUGUUUUUUUAAUU